UUUCGCAUCCCAAGAGCCGGUAGGAGGAAGAGGACACGUGAACUCGGCGCUCCCGCCGACCGCCACCCCAGCUCCACCUUCCCUCCCCGCGGAAGUCCCCACGCGGUGUCUUCAGGGUGCAAGGACAGUAAACAGCGCGUGCGGCUCGCGGCCGACGGCUGGGGCCGGGCUGGGAAGGAGACGACCGAAUUCCAGGAACGAGUCACCCGGAAUUAACUUCUGGUUAAAGUUAUGGGAAGCGCGGCCAUGGACACCAAGAAGAAGAAGGAUGUUUCCAGCCCCGGCGGGAGCAGCGGCAAGAAGAACAGCAGCCAGAAGCGCCGUUCGCUGCGAGUGCACAUUCCGGACCUGAGUUCCUUUGCCAUGCCGCUCCUGGAUGGAGACCUGGAGAGCUCAGAAAAGCAUCCUUCUCGUAAGGUGGACAGCCCCUUCGGCUCAGGCAGCCCCUCCAAAGGCUUCUUCUCCAGAGGCCCCCAGCACCGGCCCUCCAGCCCCGUGUCUGCUCCUGUGAGGCCCAAGACCAGCCCCGGCUCCCCCAAAACCGUGUUCCCGUUCUCCUACCAGGAGUCCCCGCCGCGCUCCCCCCGCCGCAUGAGCUUCAGUGGCAUCUUCCGUUCUUCGUCCAAAGAAUCUUCCCCCAACUCCAACCCGUCUACCUCGCCCGGGGGCAUCCGGUUCUUCUCCCGCUCCAGAAAAAGCCUCUCUUCCUCUCCAUCAACACCCACCCAAGUGGCCAAGCAGCACACGUUUCCUCUCGAAUCCUAUAAGCAUGAGCCUGAGCGACUGGAAAAUCGCAUCUAUGCCUCCUCUUCCCCUCCGGACACAGGCCAGAGGUUCUGCCCGUCCUCCUUCCAGAGUUCAGCCAGGCCUCCGCCAGCAUCGCCAACACACCAUUCUCCCUCCAAAUCUGCGGCGCUGGCGGCGGCCCCGGGAUCCGCGGAAGCCGGCAUGCUGGAGAAAUUCGAGUUGGAAGAAGAAGCAGAAGACUCAGAAAGUGGUGUUUACAUGCGAUUCAUGAGGUCACACAAGUGUUACGACAUCGUUCCAACCAGCUCCAAGCUUGUGGUCUUCGAUACCACAUUACAAGUUAAAAAGGCCUUCUUUGCCCUGGUAGCCAACGGUGUCCGAGCAGCGCCUCUGUGGGAGAGUAAAAGACAAAGUUUUGUAGGAAUGCUAACAAUUACAGAUUUCAUUAAUAUACUUCAUAGAUACUAUAAAUCACCCAUGGUACAGAUUUAUGAAUUAGAGGAACAUAAGAUUGAAACAUGGAGGGAGCUUUAUUUACAAGAAACAUUUAAGCCUUUAGUGAAUAUAUCUCCAGAUGCAAGCCUCUUCGAUGCUGUACACUCGUUGAUCAAAAAUAAAAUCCACAGAUUGCCAGUUAUUGACCCUAUCAGUGGGAAUGCACUUUAUAUACUUACCCACAAAAGAAUCCUCAAGUUCCUCCAGCUUUUUAUGUCUGAUAUGCCAAAGCCUGCUUUCAUGAAGCAGAACCUGGGUGCACUCGGAAUCGGGACCUACCACAACAUCGCCUUCAUACACCCAGACACUCCCAUCAUUAAAGCCUUGAACGUCUUCGUGGAAAGACGAGUGUCAGCCUUGCCUGUUGUGGACGAGUCAGGAAAAGUUGUAGAUAUUUAUUCCAAAUUUGAUGUAAUUAACCUUGCUGCUGAAAAAACAUACAACAACCUAGACAUCACAGUGACCCAGGCCCUGCAGCACCGGUCACAGUAUUUCGAAGGCGUAGUGAAGUGCAGUAAGCUGGAAGUACUGGAGACCAUCGUGGACAGAAUAGUGAGAGCCGAGGUCCAUCGGCUGGUGGUAGUAAACGAAACAGACAGUAUCGUGGGUAUUAUCUCCCUGUCGGAUAUUCUGCAAGCCCUGAUACUCACCCCUGCAGGUGCCAAGCAGAAGGAGACAGAAACCGAAUGACAACCGUGAGUGGAGAAGCCCUUGCAGGAGAACUUGAACAAAGAUGCUGGGUCACGCUUUGCCUCAUGAACACUGACCGCGAUAGAACAGAGUCCAAUGGCUGAGAAUGUGUAUCAGGGUUUAGUGAUGGGUGUUUAUUCCAGUGAUGUUGAAACUAAGCAUAAAAAAGAAAGAUUUUGUGUUUGAAGAUGUGAGCUUGCAUUAAAAGACUGUUUUCAGGCCAUUGUCUGAAAGAUUUCAAAUGCUGUAUGUCAUUAAAGUGCACUGUGUCCUGAAUUUCUAUUAUUUUUCAUUUUAAAGAAUUCACUGGUAUCUAACAGGUAAUAUGACAUAAGGCGAGUGUGUGGCAUAUUGAGAUCUAGUGCCUUAUGUCAGAACAGCGAUAUGUCAUCACUACUGCCCAUCGCAGCUGGAGCGCAUCCUUGUGAACUGACACUGCUGGAGUGUGAACGUCUGAACCUUUACCAAAUCAGUUUUCAUUAGAUUUGUUGAAUAGCUGUAAUUUGAAUAUAAAUAAUUACUUUAUAAAACUUUAAUGAUGGUUUUAUGUGUCAGUGUUCUGUUCUGAACUAUAGUGUAAACAAGGCUGAUUUACAACAGCUUUAUUUAUUUUUACUUUCAUGCAAUUUUUUACACAUCUUUUGGUGGGUAAACUUCACCGUACCCAUUAAUAAACCAUUGGUUGCUAUUUUAAAAGGGCAAAAUUCUCAUUAAGUUUGAUCUGGAAAGGAUAUGACUUCUCUAAUAGCCACUGUUAGGUUUUAAAAGCUGAAGUUUCUAACAGCAUUUGUGGGAACCUCUCUGUGGGGCUGCAAACAAAGUGCCGGGAAGAUGUCUAUUUUUUCUUGUGUUUUGACAUGAAAAUCAUGACGUUUGUGUGAUUGCUGAUGCGAUUGUUUUGUAAAUUUUACUGUGGCAUAUACAGUAUUGUCAUAUGGUUGAGGAGAAACACAAUGUUUCCUAAUGUAAGUGCUCUGAAAAUGUUGACACUAUAUAUAUAUGUGUGUGUGUGUGUGUGUAUAUAUAUAUAUAUAUAUGAGUAUAGUUUGGUUUUUUGUUUUGGGGGGUUU